AUGGGUGAUCACGAUCACGAUCACGAUCAUUAUCCGUGGGGCAACCCCGAAAACCCUUUCGCGAACACACCGGACCGAAACAAAUUCAACACCAAUAUCCUGCUCACGGCUAUCACUUCCUUGGUUGUAGUAAUUGUGAUGGUUCUCAUCCUCCACAUCUAUGCAAGGUUUCUCCUCCGACGCCAAGCAAGGCGGCGGACGUCAAUCCGUCUAAACGUAAGAACUACUGGCCAUGGUAUGCAAGUGAAUUCAAGCGAGCAACCAAACACGGGGCUCGAACCAUCGGUCAUUGCCGCCUUACCGGUAUUCGUAUACAAGGGAACGGAAGAACAACCUGACGAUACCAACAAGACGGAGUGCACAAUUUGUUUGAGCAGUAUAGAAGAUGGAGAGCUAGCAAGGCUUUUACCAAAUUGUAAGCACAUGUUUCAUGUAGAGUGUAUUGAUAUGUGGUUGAAUUCCCACUCUACUUGCCCUAUUUGCCGUACUGGGGCUGAACCCCAAGAACAAGCCCAAACCCUAACGCCACCACCACCACCACCACAGUCUCAUGAGAUGGGUGUUAGUGUGACCCCUACGGCUCCACCUGAAGGUACAUCAGACGGUGCUGCUCAAUCCUCUAAGGUUGCUGGAUCAGUUUCAAGAUUGAGUUCCUUCAGGAGAAUGCUUAGUAGGGAUAGAUCAGAGAGGAGAAUUCAAGCUUCUGGACAAACAGAUGGAGUGGAAGAUCUUGAGAGGCAGUGA